ACAUUCAGUAUUUUAACUUGCACUCAAGACUAUUACGAGAAACGUAUUCAAAAAUUUCAAAAUGAAAACGUUGAUUUUUAUAAUGCUGGUGGCAUGCGUUGCGUCAGCAGCGUACGGUGCUUUGGUAUGUGGUACAGACUACUGUGAAAAAAAUCCAUGCAUACAGCCACCACUUGUUUGCCCUAAGAACACUGAGCAUCGCGCCAGACACGCUGGAAAGUGUGCUUGUUGUCCCGCUUGUGUAACUUUACUUGGUGAAGGUGCAACUUGCAAGAUUUAUUCGAAGGAACUAGGCGAAACCCCCUCCGCUGUGUGUAAGGAGCCUCUCAAAUGCAUCAAAAGAGUUUGCACUAAGCUUGUGUAGUCGUUUUCAUUAGCAGGAAAAUAUAAGCUUGCAAUACUUCUAUCACGACCUGUUCGAAAUAUAAUUUGUGUACGGAAUAAAAUUGAUAAUAAUAUGCACUGUAGUAAAUAUAGAAAUUUGAAACUAAAAAAUAUGAAUUUUUAAUAAACCGAACAAAAACGAAAUGAAAUAGUAUGUAUUAUACAGGUAACCCUGUCAGGAUAUCGGGACAAUGUAUGUAACUCGUCGAGUAUAAUUAUUAUAUUCUCAUAAGUCUCUAAUAAUUGUGCAAAUUUGGAGACUAGGGUUAGACAAAUUUAUUAAAAAUGACUUAUUGGUAAUAAAAAAAAAAUUCAAAGUCACAUUCCCCAAAUUUGAUAUAGAAGAUAUUACAAUUUGGCCAACUGUUCGUUAUAAGUAGAUUAUUUUUUAAAUUAGUUGCGACGAUAUUAUGUUAUUUAACUAAUUUCAUUAUUGGUUUCACAAAAAUAAUUCUUCGAAAUGUAAUUUUCUCUCAGUCAUAAUGUUUUCCUCACUU